AUGGCUUUGAGUGGUGCUGGCAGUUCUGUGGCGUUCGCCAUCGCUCCCACCGCAGGCGCCACAGGCCGCAUGGGCCUGCCUGCCCAGGCAGAGGCUAAGCCCGUACCAGGAAAGAUCUCGCAAAGCUCCCUUCCAGUCGCCUGCGCUGGGUUGAUGGUCCCGGUGCUGGGUGCCGUUCGUCGCGGGAAGAAAAAGUCGAAGACAGCUAUGAAAGAUGCGACUUAUGCCUUCCAGAGGGAUGCCUACGCAGACCUGGAGUUCACCAAUGACGUCGGCUACUUGCCGGACGGUACCCCGCUGAACAAAGCAGGAAAUGCCGUCAACCACCCGGAGACGAUCGGAGCGGACAGGCAUGUUGCUGGCUCCCCUCUACCCCGUGCCAAGUUCGUGAACUCCGUGGGCUAUUUGCCAGAUGGGACUGCAAUGAAUGCUGCUGGCAAUGCUAUUAAUCACCCGGAGGCGAUGCAGCCAGACCAGCACAUAGCCGGUUCGCCGUUGCCUCCUUCAACCUACCUCGCAGACAUUGGCUACCUGGCGGAUGGCACACCUCUUGCCGCGGCUGGCAACAACUCCGUCAAGGGCAUGGCUGCCACCCCGCCACCUGCAGCUGCAGCCACCGCCGCGCCACCUCGCAUGGCUUCAUCGGCACCCCCGCAGGCAUCAACCCCCAUGAGCCAGGGAAUCGCCAUGCACGGCCGCAAGUUCGAGUACAGUUUCCAGAAGGAUGCUUAUGCAGACCUCGAGUUUUGCAAUGAUGUGGGCUACCUUCCAGACGGCACGGCGCUGAAUCGUGCUGGGAAUGCCAUCAACCAUCCGGAGACCAUUGGACCGGACAGACAUGCUCCAGGAUCUCCGCUGCCCCGUGCCAACUUCGUGAACUCUGUCGGCUACCUCCCAGACGGUACGCCCCUCAAUCGCGCCGGUAACGCUAUCAAUCAUCCCGAGAGCAUUGGGCCGGACAUGCACGCGCCGGGCUCGCCAUUGCCGGCUUCAGUUUAUGCUGCCGAUGUUGGCUACCUUGUUGACGGCACACCAAUGGACCGUGCGGGCAACCUUUCUGUUUCAACAUGA